AUGACCAUUCAAUUCAGGUAUUGGGCGUUGGCGAAUCGGUUGACUGACGCGACAUUCGUUUCGGUUCUUGUUCUGGCUCUGGCCGCAUGCGUUGAUCAGGCCGUGUUGCCCCAGCCAUCAACGUCGGUCACUCGCCCGGGCCCGAAUGUAGUCAUUAUUCUUGCCGAUGACCUGGGUUACGGAGAUAUCGGCGUGUAUGGCGCACAGCGGAUUCGCACACCGAAUAUCGAUAGUCUGGCCAGCCGGGGGCUACGGUUUACCCAGGGCUACGCCAGUGCCAACGUUUGCUCCCCCUCGCGUGCGGGCCUGAUGACUGGCCGCUAUGCGAUACGCUCAGGGCUAGCCUGGAAGGUCGUCGCGGCCAACGACACGCGAGGGCUACCGCCACGCGAGGAGACACUCGGUGAACUGGCACAACAUGCCGGCUACCGCACGAUGUUCGUUGGCAAAUGGCAUCUAGGCGGCUUUCCGGAAUUCCUGCCGCAGAAGCAUGGAUUUGACCGAUUUUACGGUGUCCCACACAGCAACGAUAUGCCUCGAUUCGCACUUUACGAUGGUGACCGAGUGAUUGAACAGCCGGUCGAGCAGACCAGCCUGACUAAACGCUAUACCCAGCGCGCGGUUGAGUUUAUUGAAGCUGAGUCACAAGCGCCAUUCUUACUUUUUUUGUCGCAUACUUUUCCGCACAUACCGCUGUUCGCGUCGAAUCGGUUUCGCGGUCAAUCAAAGGCAGGUAUGUACGGUGACACUGUUGAGGAACUGGACUGGAGCACGGGGGAGAUCGUCCAGGCGCUGCGAAGGGAAAAUGUGCUGGACAAUACCCUCGUGCUGUUUCUCAGUGACAAUGGCCCUUUCUUCGAGGGCAGUACAGCAGGGUUGAAAGGCGGUAAGGGAAACGCCUGGGAAGGGGGCUAUCGGGUACCCUUUAUUGCCUCCUGGCCAGCGGUGAUCGGGCGACCUAGAACUAGCGAUGCCAUCGUUAGCAAUAUUGACAUAUUGCCCACCAUCGCUGAGGUCGUUGGCAUUGAACCCUCGGCUGAAACGCUAGAUGGCAAGAGCCUAUUGAGCUUGUUUAAGGGUGGGCGGGCAACUCCGCAUCGUUACUUGUACUACUUCAACAAUGAACGGGUCAUUGGCGUGCGCUCGCAGGACUGGAAGUACGUGACCCAUGGUUACUACACUGGCAGCCUCGGCGCGUUUGAGAAGUUCGACCAGCUACCGGGUUUCAGUGAAUCGUAUGAAUUGUUGCUAGAUGCCAAUGGGCUGAUGGCGAAUCUUAUAGUUAUGCUGAUCGCUACCCCGAAGUUCUCGACACCCAUCGCCGCGCCGUAG